CUGCUCUAAGCUUCGUUGACUUUUUAACGAGCUUUACUGCCUGCGAGAGUGGAAAGGGAGCAGUCAUGAAUUACCCUCCCAGCACUCGUCGGAGCCGUAAAGCUCCGGCGAAAUCUGACCUUUACUCGACUUUCGUCGUCCACUCUGGAUCCGAAUCUGAAUCCGACUCCGGUUCCGGCAGAUCCAAAUCUAAACCGCAAGGUCCUCGUGAGUCGGACCUUUACGCCACAAUGAUUUACAAGGACGGCAACGAAGAAGAUGAAGACGACCCCUCCCUCCCUCCUCUCUUCAGACGUCUCCCUAAAGACUUUGGCGGCGGUCCUACCGAUUUCGACGUCGUCGACGAUGACGAUGCCGGAGAUUUUGGAACCGUUAUCGUGAAAUCCGAUCGCGGACGUAAAACUCGUGGUCAAGCGUCGUAUUCGUUUAAACCACCGCAAGCGCCCGUGGCGAGCCCGAUGAGGGCUAGGAGAGAUGGACUUAACGUUGAUGAUGAUGAAGAGGAGGAGGAAGAGGAGGAGGAUGGAGAUAGGGAAGAUUUUGGGACGUUUGUGGUGAGAUCGACGGUGAGGAGCGAGAGGGAAGGGAGUGGGACGGUGGUUAAGAGAGCGGUUGCGAGUAUGGGAGAGCUAGGGUUUGGGAAACAAAAGAGCUCUACUUCGACUACGUCUUUGCAAGGGGAAGAGAAUCGGUUCUUGCAAAAUAGUAAGGCUUCCUUGAGUUCGAUUCCAGAUAGCGUUACUAGAGAAGAUCCUUGCACUAAAUAUGAGUUGCUCAAUGAGCUGGGGAAAGGUUCUUAUGGGGCUGUUUACAAGGCUAGAGAUAUAAAAACUUCUGAGCUUGUUGCCAUUAAAGUUCUAUCUUUAUCGGAAGGGGAACAAGGGUAUGAAGAAAUUCGUGGUGAAAUUGAGAUGUUGCAGCAAUGUAGCCAUCCGAAUGUUGUUCGGUACCUUGGGAGCUAUCAAGGGGAUGAAUAUCUUUGGAUAGUAAUGGAAUACUGUGGAGGUGGAAGUGUUGCUGAUUUAAUUCAUGUUACUGAGGAGCCUUUAGAGGAGUAUCAGAUAGCAUAUAUAUGUAGGGAAGCUUUAAAGGGCCUUGAAUAUUUGCACUCAAUUUUCAAAGUUCAUAGAGAUAUCAAAGGUGGUAAUAUCUUGUUAACUGAACAAGGAGAGGUCAAAUUGGGUGAUUUUGGGGUAGCAGCACAGCUUACAAGGACCAUGUCAAAGCGCAAUACGUUUAUUGGCACUCCACAUUGGAUGGCUCCAGAAGUUAUUCAGGAAAGUCGCUAUGAUGGAAAGGUGGAUUUGUGGGCACUUGGUAUAUCUGCAAUUGAAAUGGCAGAGGGACUUCCUCCAAGAGCUGCUGUGCAUCCAAUGAGGGUUAUCUUUAUGAUAUCGAGAGAGCCAGCUCCAAUGCUUGAGGACAAAGAAAAAUGGUCUCUCGUCUUUCAUGAUUUUGUUGCUAAGAGCCUUACAAAGGAUCCACGUCUACGCCCUACUGCAUCUGAGAUGCUGAAGCACAAAUUCAUUGUGAAAUGCAAAUGUGGAGCUUCUGUAAUGUUGCCAAAGAUUGAGAAGGCUAGGCAAGUAAGGGCUGCAAUGGUUCAACAAGAACAAACUCUUGCUCCUGCCAUUUCUGGACUAGAUCCAGUGGUAGGUUCAAAUCCGAAUGAUGAUUAUGGAGAAACUGUUCCAUCAAGGCCUCAAAAUAUGGGUCUUCAAGUUGCAAAUGAGGUUUCUGCAUCUGGCACUUCGAAGCAGCAGCAGAUGUUAGAUGGUGUGGAAGUGACUGGUGAAGGGGAGUUUGGCACUGUAAUAGUUCACAGUGAGGAUGGAUCUCGGAAGUCACUUUCUCAAACUGAACCCCACAGUGGUGAAGAAGUUUCAGCUGCUCUUGAACACUUUGAAAGCAAGUUGAUUAAUGGCACAGUUAGGCAGUUACCUGAAUCACUGUUGGAUAACAGAAAGGGUGCUUCAGCAAACAACAAUACCAUGGAAGAAUCAAACAUAAUGACUCAGGGAUCUUCUCCUUCAAUAUUGGCCCUUGGUGACCAGAAACUGAGGUCAGACAGUGUUCCACAUGCAAGGACGAAAGAUAGCAGUGAUAUCAGUAGUAGCACAUUGAAGAACGAAACCGUCAGCAACAAAAAGGCCUUUGCUUUACAAGAUAAGCUCUUUUCUAUAUAUGCAGCCGGUAAUACAGUACCUAUUCCAUUCUUGAGGGCAUCAGAUAUAUCCCCAAUUGCCCUUUUAUCAGACAAUAUCCUCGGAGGUAUGAAGCAAGAUAGUACCGGAACCGUGGCAGUGGAAGCACUGCAGGAACUUUUUGCAGGUGAUGGGCAACCGAAAAAGGGUCGAAGAACACAAAAUGAGGUUCCUCUUCCUCCUAGUGUUUAUCAAAGGCUCACUUCAAGUUCUACUCUAAUGAAUCUGGCACAGGCUCUAGCUUACCACAAAAUGUGCUACGAGGAGAUGCCACUUCAAGAAUUGCAGGCAACUCAGGAGCAGCAAACCAUUCAAAACCUAUGCGACACACUGCGAACCAUUCUCCGGUUAUAGGGUAGUCGAAUGCUACAUUUCUUUUUUUGUUGUUGUAUGUUAUUUUUCUUAUCCCCUUUUGCUCAAUGAUUAUGUGGGGUCCUGUAUCAUAUACAAGGUUACAUGGUGGAAAAAAAUGAAAUGUAAUCGGAAAUUUCUCGUAUACAUUUCCAUCAUCAGUGAUAAUGAACAAUGUUUAAUGUUGUAA